AUUUCACCUUGUAUUUGACUUGGGCUCACAAUUAACUUGCGGUUCAUCAUUUGAUUACUUGAUUUGAAACUUUUUUUUUGCUCAUACAAAUACCUUGAUUAAUUAAUCAGUUUAAUUUGAUUUAACAAUUAAGGGGAAGGUUUCACUUUUCAUCAGGCUGAUUAAAAUCCACCCACAAUUAGUACCCAACCGGUAAUCAAAUUUAACGACAAUUAAGUUCCUCAUAUAAGUUGAGUCCAUUUGAUUGUUUGAUUUAGUUUAAUAUCGGAUUAAUAAGUGUAAACAACAACAAUUGAUUAGUGAGUGAUAAUCGAUUUAUAUAUUGGAUUAUAAACUGGAUUUGAUUAACUAAUAAUCUCAACAAUCAAUCAAUCAUGAAAGUAACGAUAAUAACUUUAGUUGUGCUUCAAUUUUGCCAUUUAAUUUACUCAACCGAGUCAACAAUUAACAAGGAUAAAAGUUUAUCAGCUUCAGAGACUCAUCAAUCUGAAUCAUUUGUUGAAUUAAUGAAAAUGGAUAUCAUACCUCAGGAUGGUUGGGGUCACGGUUGGGGUCAUCAUGAUAAGAAAUGUAAAGAGCACGGACAUGGACAUGGACAUGGAUGGGGCUGGGAUCAUGGACACGGAGGUCAUGGUCAUGGAUGGGGUCAUGAUUCAGGUCACCAUGGUUGGGGAUGGGGACAUUCUGGUGGCCAUGGACAUGGACAUGGACAUGAUCACGGCUGGGGAUGGGGACACAGUGGACACGGUCAUGGACAUGGACAUGGUAAGAAGUGCAGCCAUGAUCAUGGUUGGGGACAUGGAGGCCAUGGGCAUGGACACGGACACGAUCAUGGUUGGGGAUGGGGGCAUCAUGGUGGUCAUGGAGAUGAUCAUGGAUGGGGUUGGGGACACAGUGGACAUGGUCAUGGACACGGCAAAAAGUGUAGCCAUGGCCAUGGGCAUGGACAUGGGCACGAUCAUGGCCAUGGUUGGGGUUGGGCUUAAAAAGCGAUCACCUAAUCGAACCCUAAAUCAAUUAAAUGUAAAACUUGUGUAUAAACUGUUGAAAACAAUUUUGUUAACAAUUAAUGUAUAGUUUUUGUAAAAAGUAUUAGAAUAUUAAUUAAAUUAAAUCAGAUAAAUAAACUAA